AAAAGUUAUAACUUGAGUACUGGAAAAGGAGAUCGGACUAAAACUUCAGUCAAAAACGAAACUUUUCCUUGAAUGUCCUAUAACUUUAUACCAGACUAUAUUCAAGUCAGGAUAUAAAUACUUUGGAACUUUACGGAUCAAAUGGAUGACACGUUCUUGCAAUUGAGAAUAAGCGUUUUCUCCCGAUGGUGUGGAAUAAAGAGUAAGGAAUCCACUUGGAGUAUUUUGCUUUUCGCCAAGCGUCCUUCUCUAUGAGCAAAUUGAAUUCAGCAGCAAAACUCAGACACGUCUUUGACGACGAUGUAUUCAAUUUAAUAACUUAUGGAGAAAAAAAUAAUCUAUUGGUAGGGUUUUCAAAUGGUCGUGUUGCAAAUUACAGUUAUGAUGAAGAAAAUAAUUCUUUAGUCGAAGAAUGGAACACCAAACGCCACAAAAUUAGCUGCAGAAAUUUAUCUUUAACUGACGAUAACUCUGAAUUCAUAUCAGUUGGUUCUGACUGUGUUUUAAAAUUAGCAGAUACUUCUUCCGGAAGAGUCACUUCAAAAUGGAUUCAAGAAGAGACAGCAAGUGCAGAACUCUCCCCUUACAGUGUAGUUGAAUGGGUGGAAGGAAAUAAUAUAUUUGCUACUGGUGAUGAUGAUGGUUGUGUUACAAUAUGGGAUAGAAGAAAAAAUGGCGGAGUCCUUCAUUCACACAGAGAUCAAAUAGAUUACAUUUCUUCGAUAUCUCCGUUUGAAGAUCGUUUUAUGGUUGCUACCAGUGGUGAUGGAACUCUUUUAGUACUUGAUGCCAGAAACUUUAAGUCUGCUGUUCUGAGUGAGGAACAAGAUGAUGAUUUAACGUGUGGAGCAUUUACUAGGGACAACAAUGCCAAGAAAAAGUUCGCUGUUGGUACAGCUUCUGGUGUAGUCACCCUGUUUACUAAAGGUGACUGGGGAGAUCACACAGAUCGUAUUAUGCCGCCUAUUCGUUCAAACGACUAUUCAGUAGAGACCAUGAAUCGCGCUGGAGCGGAUACUCUUUACAUUGGUGGGAGCGAUGGAUGUCUUAGACAAUUGAACAUUCUUCCAAACCGAUAUGAAAAAAUUAUAGGACAGCACACUUCAAAAGCGGGUGUUGACACUGCAGAUGUUUCCGAGAAUGGCGAGUAUCUUAUAUCGGCGAGUGGUUCAGAGUUGAUCUUUUGGGGCACCGGAGAUGAUUCAAAUGAAUCAAACAAAGCCGACCAAGACAGCGAGGAAGAGAGUGAUGAGACAAAGUCCGAUGAGUCUGAAGAUGAGUCUAGUAGUGACUCAGAUGAACCUACUCAAAAUUCAAAACGGAACAAGAAGUCUGCGAAAGCAGCGCCAAAGAAGAAGGUCCCUAAAACUGAUUUUUUUGAUGGUCUAUAAUCUAUUGUCGUAUUUAAGAAGGGAAACAGUUCAAAAUUAUGGACUCAUGGUAUAUAAAUACAUAUGGUUGGACAAAAAAACAUAAUUUAUAAAUAUCGGUUUAUCUAAGUAUAUAAAAUUAAAGUAUGCUUCUAGCGCAAAGUAAAAGUUACAAACAGUCAGAUAGAUAGCAAUAUUACUAUUUAAAUAGUACGUGA